AUCGUCAGUUUCAUUCAGGAGACAGCUCGGGACGGUCGCAUAACAGCAACGUCAAACGCACUGGUCAUAGUAGGCUCACGGGUUGAUAAAAAAAGAUUUUCAUUUUUCUGCAAGUGGAAAAAGAGAUUGUUUAGCUCUAUCGUCACAUUUUUGGAAGUUUUUCAUCGGGAUUGUGUAACUGCAAGUGUAUUCUGUUGAGUUAAACGCGAAUAAAGUGAACGGAAUUCGGGAAAGUGCUAAAAAGUGAAGUUUUUUUUUUCUUGUAGGGAAGGAGGAAAAAAACAUGAACAGAAUGGCCACCAACAAAUCGUCUUAUGGCUACGAAGAUGAGAAGGAGAAUGAUGACUCUUCCGGAUCGGAUUUCGACGACGACGAAGACCCAGAUGAGAUUGAGGUUCCAGGUGGUGGCAAAGAUCUAGCAACCGUGGCUACAUUGACGAAACACAAAGGCGAUGGUGCUCUGAAGGCACCUGCAGGGGGUAUCCCAGCGUCAAACGUAUCAUCCAAGUCGACUGGUAAGAUUCCCAUCGGCUUGGUUACAAAACCAGUAACGGGUGGAAGUUACGAAGUGAUCAGACAGCCAACCCUUCUCAAACAGCCUGGUGCUGGCGGCAGUGCCUAUGGAAUGGGUGGUAGCAGUGGAAUGAGUUCUUCAUCUUUGGUUGGUAGUAUUAGUAGCAAGUUAUCUAGUCCGAGUGCUAGUACUGCAAAAUCAGCGAUGUCGACUGCAUCACCCACCGGGACGCUUCCACAUGGAGCGACUAGUAUUCUGGGCGGUCUCGGUAGCUAUUAUCCGCCAAGUAUUGCCACUCUGUUGGCGCAAAUGGGUAUGGCGGCUUCACUUGGAUUCAGUGGCAGUUCAUCGAUGAGUAACGUAAAUCACAUGACAAGCAAUCAAAUCAUGCUUGAACAAUUGAAGGCGCUGGUUGCUGCCAAUCCUCACUACCUGACCAGUGGCAUACCUACGAACCUACUCUCCCAGAUCUGGAUGGCCGAUGCAGCAAAGGUACAACAGCAACCAGUAUUCAGUUAUUUAAAUCAGCCUCAGGAGGAAGAGGAAGCUGAAGAAGAGGAAAUGGGUGUAGCUGAAACAUAUGCCGAGUACUGGCCAGCAAAGCUAAAAAUCGGCAAAAAACAUCCCGACUCGGUAGUGGAAACCGCCUCGCUGUCUUCGGUGGAACCAUCCGACGUAUAUUACAAACUAUCCAUACCACCAGAAACCAUCAAUACCGGUCAAUUGAGCGCUCUCCAGUUAGAAUCGAUCACCUAUGCCAGCCAAGCACAUGACCACCUGCUGGCGGAUGGUUCUAGGGCCGGAUUUCUCGUGGGUGAUGGUGCUGGUGUUGGUAAGGGUCGGACAAUCGCCGGUAUAAUGUAUGAAAACUACUUGAAAGGACGCAAGAAAGCGAUCUGGAUCUCAGUUUCCAAUGAUCUACGAUAUGACGCCGAGAGAGAUUUACGAGACAUUGGUGCCAAUCGGAUCAACGUUUACGCUCUGAAUAAGUUAAAAUAUGCCAAAAUUAACUCAUCUACAAACAAUAACGUUAAGAAGGGUGUCAUAUUCGGCACCUAUUCGGCAUUGAUUGGAGAAUCGCAAAACACCACCGGAAAGUACAAGUCUCGUCUCAAGCAACUACUCCAAUGGUGCGGUGAAGACUUUGACGGUGUGAUUGUGUUUGAUGAGUGUCAUAAAGCGAAGAAUCUAUGCCCAGUGGGUUCUAGCAAGCCAACAAAGACUGGUCUCACAGCAUUGGAUCUGCAAAAUAAGCUUCCUAAGGCUCGUGUCGUAUAUGCUUCUGCAACUGGCGCUUCGGAACCGCGAAACAUGGCGUACAUGGUGCGCUUAGGAAUCUGGGGUCAGGGUACCCCGUUUCCAAGUUUCAUGGACUUUAUCGCAGCUGUUGAGAAGAGAGGUGUUGGUGCGAUGGAGAUCGUUGCGAUGGAUAUGAAACUGCGUGGUAUGUACAUCGCUCGCCAGCUCAGCUUCCAUGGGGUAACAUUCAAGAUCGAAGAAGUUCCACUGACGAGAGACUUCAGGCAGGUUUAUGAUGAGUCGGUAGAAUUGUGGGUGGAAGCUAUGCAAAAGUUUACCGAGGCGGCAGAACUGAUUGAUGCCGAGAACCGCAUGAAGAAGACUAUGUGGGGUCAGUUUUGGUCAGCCCACCAGCGCUUCUUCAAGUAUCUCUGUAUUGCAUCUAAGGUGAACCAUGCCGUCCGCGUAGCAAGAGAAGCGAUCAAGUAUGGAAAGUGUGUAGUUAUUGGCUUACAAUCGACGGGUGAGGCGAGAACGUUGGAGCAAUUGGAGAGAGACGAUGGCGAAUUGACUGAUUUUGUAUCGACUGCAAAGGGCGUUUUCCAAUCGCUAGUAGAAAAGCAUUUCCCAGCACCCGAUCGAACCCGGAUAAAUCGGCUUCUAGGUUUGGAAGGACCUAAGAAAACCCAGCUGGAAAGUAUACUCGAGGAAAUAAACUCCAAACCCUCGGUGAGUGGUGAUCUCAAACGCAAAAAUCUGUUAGCCAAAAGUGUAAAUCAAGCUAAACCGAAAAAAGCGCGAAGGAAUUCGUCGGAUAGUGACUCUAACAGUGAUUCCGAUUCCGAUGUGAAGGCAUCGGAGAGUGAACAUGAGGAAAGUAAUCAUGAUUCAGAUAGCGCCCAAAGUAGCGAUUAUAAUCCCUUCUACGCGGGUUCGGAUAGCGAUGACGAUCCAUGGGUGGGAAAGACCACCAAAGCCAAGCCAAAGAAACCGAAAAGUCCGAAGAAGAAACCGACAUCGACUCAAGACAAAAUUCAAGCCCAUCUAUCGAAGAAACAGAACGAAACAAAACCGGUGAUGUUUCAGGCCAGUAACGGUAUUUCGAUUCAGCUCGGUCCUCCGCCAAAGGACGCCAUUGAACACGCUUGUAAAAUGAAAGACGAACUGUUGACUAAGAUUGAAAGACUUGGUGAUCGCUUGCCAGCGAAUACCCUCGAUCAGUUGAUUGACGAACUGGGUGGUCCUGAAAACGUAGCCGAAAUGACUGGUCGAAAAGGAAGGGUAGUUCAAACAGAUGAUGGAAUUCAGUAUGAGUCGAGAUCCGAGCAAGAUGUUCCUUUGGAAACACUCAACAUUACUGAAAAGCAACGCUUCAUGGAUGGUGAGAAGGAUGUUGCGAUCAUAUCCGAGGCAGCUUCCAGCGGUAUCUCGCUGCAAAGUGAUCGUCGCGUGCGUAAUCAACGACGGCGUGUUCAUAUUACAUUGGAGCUACCCUGGUCGGCCGAUCGUGCCGUUCAGCAGUUCGGUCGUACACAUCGUUCCAAUCAGGUCAAUGCACCAGAGUACAUGUUCCUUAUAUCCGAUCUUGCCGGUGAACGACGAUUUGCUUCGACGGUAGCUAAACGACUUGAAUCACUUGGUGCCCUGACGCAUGGAGAUCGUCGAGCCACAGAAACACGUGACUUGUCACAGUUUAACAUUGACAAUAAGUACGGUCGAUCGGCGCUUGAGUCCGUAAUGAAGACAAUCAUGGGCUAUGAACAACCCUUGGUUCCUCCGCCCGGUGAUUACAAGGGUGAUUUCUUCAAAGACAUCGCUGGAGCUCUUGUCGGCGUUGGAUUGAUUGUUAACAGCGAACAGAUGCCCGGAGUGUUAAGUUUGGAUAAAGAUUACAAUAACAUUUCAAAGUUCCUGAACAGAAUACUCGGUAUGCCGGUUGAACUACAAAAUAGAUUGUUUAAAUACUUUACCGACACGCUGGCUGCAAUUAUUGAACAAGCGAAGAAACGUGGUCGUUUUGAUCUGGGUAUUUUGGAUCUGGGAGCGGCUGGUGAAAAUGUUACCCGAAUCAAGAUCACCAAGUUUAUCAGGAAGCACUCAACUGGCGUUGCGCCAACCGAGCUACAUACUGUGCAAGUUGAACGAGGAAUGAUUUGGCAAGAAGCUAUUGACAAAUGGGCAGAUUUAGGCGGUGAGAAAGAAGGAUUUUAUCUUUCCAAACAAGCACGCAAUGGAAAGUAUUCGGCAAUUUUGGCAGUUGAAAUUGAUGACUCUGUCAAUAUAAAGAAGAAGACCGAUACGAAGCGUAAGAAAGAUAUCAUGUUCCAGAUAUAUAGGCCCAAUACCGGUUUGCAGGUUAAACAUGAAUCACUCGAGGAAGUGGAGAAAAAAUUCAAAAAAGUACUGAGCGAUGAAGCCGAACCACACUGGACGCGACAAUAUGAUGCCUCAGUAAAUACCUGUGCGCACAGCUAUUGGAAGGGAAUGUGCCGAUAUGUUUCCAUGGGACAAGAUUGCGAGAUUGGUCUUCGAAGGAGAACCUAUUAUGUGCUCUCUGGAUCUGUGUUGUCUGUUUGGUCGAGGGUGGAAAACAAUCUAGCCGCUCGGGCUGGAAGCCAGAAUCGUAUGCAGGUGAUUCGGCUGAAAACGAAAGAAGGCAAUAAGAUCGUAGGAACUCUUAUUCCCAAAAAUUGUGUCGAUCAUUUGACGAGGGAUUUGGGUAGCGAUUCAGAGAAAGUCGAGGAGCAGUCUUUUUUGGACAAGUAAAGAAUGGAAAUCUGACACCGUGAUCCGCCCGCCCGCGCUCCGCUCACUUGAGAGAAAUAUUACGUUGACAAAGUCGGCCUACCACAUGGUUCGUAGGUAAAUUGGGUAGAUAACGACUUCGUUAACAUUUCCCUAUUAUGCGAAUGAGAAAAAUAUCCAUUGGUCGUUUUUAUAGAAGCCUUUACGAGGGUUUCUUUACAUGCGACAUAAACUGCAUGUUAUUUAUGAUAAGGUUUUGACCAAAAAAUGAAUGAAUUAUGCGUGUCCAGUUCAUUGUUCACGUGGAGGGAAAUGAGAAUUAGUUUUCGCUAUUAAUAGUGAACUAAUUUUAAAGAUUAUGACAAACUCAUCGACGAGAAACAUUCAAAGUGAAAGAACUAGAACAUACAUUUAGUUUAUAUAGUUAACUCUCCGUAUCUCGAUGUUUUAUAUCAGGAUAUUUUCCCCAUCCCGAUUACCUGAACAGUCCCUUCAGAUGUUCACGAAUCAAUUGUUCUAUAUCUCGAUCCCUCUCUUUCUCCCUAUGUCGAUGGCUCCAUAGGAACCACUAAGCAAACAAAUAAUUUUCCAUGUGUCGACGCAAAAAUGUAGGUCAUCAUUUUUUUCCUACGUUUAAACUAUACAAAUAAUGAGGUUUGUUUAUGAUACAGGAUAAACAAAUAUGCUUUGGCUAAUGAAAUAUUGGUGGUGAGUGUCGAUGUCCCUAUUUAUUUCAGUGAUCCCUCCAAUUUUUAUUUGCAAAUUAUACGAAAAGGAACGGUGAAUUGGAGGUCCAGCGGGCGGUUGACGGCAAUUUCCUGAAACAGAUACACGUGAUAGUACACUUAAGCAAGUCUGGUGUAUAGAUUUUAAUGAGUUAGGUAAUCAAAAAUUAUGGAAACCUAUUGUAUCAAUCCGGGAGCGUUAAGGGCCACAAACGAGUCGAUUCUAAUGCGAUCCGGGAAUAUUGGACACUACUGGAUUGCAUUACAAUCUGAUCAUUUGUGCAAGGCCCUUUUAUCAUAAAACUAGGCUGUUUCCCAUCAGCUCAUCCUGUCAUAUUUAUCGGGAAACUGUGUAUAGAUAUGUUCUGUCCAUCAACGAGGCACCAUCCUAAAAUUUAUCAUUUGUCGGUGACAUGUACCCUAAAUGCCGAAUAAUCUUAGUAUCAAAAUAUGCGUCUGCGCGUGCGUGUGAGUGAGUGUGAUAGUUGCUUAGAGAACGAUUAAUCUUGAACCGCUUGUUUUUAGAUCAACAAAUUCAAUUCUGGGAGUUACGUUUCUAAUACACUGGAGUUGGUUUUUUUCGUGGGGGAUAUGUACCGCAUAAAAACCGACCAACCGAAAUUGAUAAAUAGACUUCUCUGACGUUUAUGAAUUACACAAGUAUUAGUGCAGAACUUUGGGUGAAUUCAAAGGUUUUCUUGGACUUAUACUUAUAAUUUACCCCAAGCUCUGCACUAAUACUAGUGCAUUUCACAAACGUCAGAGAAGUCUAUUCACGUCUAUUCACAUGCUUAAACAUUUUUAAAUGAUUGGAUUUUGUUAACUCAUGUGAUUUUAGCUUAUGGUCAAUAUCUAGGUAGGAUAUAUUUUAAAUUCUGGAUUUACACAAAAAACUUGAAUUUUGUUUAAGUUGUUGAUUACUUUUGACCCAAAACAGAUAUUACGAUUGGAAAUAAACCGCGUAGAAACCGACUCCAGUGUAAUUGUCUAGCGCCUUUCGCGAGCCAAAACAUAGUCUUCGGUCAAGUUUGGAACAUGGAAUUGGUCUAUUACUUUUGUUUCUCCAUCAAAUCAAACCGAUACUAAAUUAAAUUAAACAAGGUUUAUUUUAGUUAUAAAUUACAGCUAUAAUGUACAAAAUAAAUCAAUAGGAAUUUACUCGUAGGGUUAUCAUAAGACUGUAGCAAUUAAAUAACGAAUAAAUACAUUGUGAUGAAUGGAGAA